GCUAGAAUUGGAACUGGAGACUUUGUACAUAUACUCUAACGACAAUUCUUCGGUACAAAGCAAAGAAUAUUGCUCCGAGUUUUGUAAGGAGGAUAUACCCACGUGGUGAUUGACAGAUGAAUGAGGUCCACACUCCAGUCCAGUCGGUUGAUGCGCCUUGAAGUUGCUUGCCAAAUGCCAUAUAAAGUCUAAAGAAGAAGACUGAACUAGGAGAGAUUACUAGAAACUAACUAGAACUGUGUUCGAAUACUCAUACUAACCCGCACUGAUUAUAUAGUAUGCUUAUUGGUCAUAGUAUGGAUGUAGUGAGUAUGCCAAAAGUUCCUGUGUACUAAAUUCGCCAAAUUAUGAAGUAUACACACAUUCUUCAGGAAAUGGGCGUGGCUUCACAUCGUUUUCAGUUUUGAAGAAAAUGGUGGAAAAUAUACAGCCAAAGUUUAACGAGAACUGACUAAUGACAAAUGUUGAGAAAAUGUAAUGACUUUUCAAACAAGUUACAUUACACGCUAUGUUGGCUGACAAUUUGUCAGAUACGAAUAGCAUUACAGCAGUAUGUAAGCAAUUUUUUUUUUUUUUUACCAGACAAGUCAGUUAAUAACCUCUCUAUAAUUUACAGUGUGGGACUGAAGCGACCCACCUGGCCAACAUCCAGUGAAAUUGCAGAGCGCCAAAUUCAAAAACAGAAAUACUCAUGAUAAAAAUUCAUAAAACAUACAAGUGUUAUACAUCAGUUUAAAGAUUAGCUUCUUGUUAAUCCAACCACGGUGUCAGAUUUCAAAAAGGCUUUAUGGCAAAAGCAUACCAUGCGAUUAUCUGAGAGCAGCGCCCAGCAGACAAACCAUUACAAACAGUUACCAGCCAAGUAGAGGAGUUACACAAGUCAGAAAUAGCGAUAAAAUUAAUCACUUACCUUUGAUGAUCUUCAUAUGGUUGCACUCACAAGACUCCCAUUUACUCAAUAAAUGUUUGUUUUGUUCGAUAAAGUCCCUCUUUAUAUCCAAAAACCUCUGUUUUGUUCGCGUUUUGUUCAGUAAUCCACAGGCUCAAAGGCAGUCACAACAGGCAGAUGAAAAAUCCGAAAAGUAUCAGUAAAGUUCGUAGAAACAUGUCAAACAAUGUUUAUAAUCAAUCCUCAGGUUGUUUUUAGUCAUAAUAAUCAAUAAUAUUUCAACCGGACAAAAGCUUAGUUAAAAUAAAUGUUAAACAAGAAAGACGCACACUCGGUCGCGCACAUGAAAAACCUCUGGGACACUGCAGUGUCCACUCAUUCAGAGUGGUCUUACUCCCUCAUUUUUCAGAAAACAAGCCUGAAACAAUUUCUAAAGAUGGUUGACAUCUAGUGGAAGCCAUAGGAAGUGCAAUUUCAGUUCUAAGUCAAUGGAUCUAAAUAGGCAGUCAAUGGAAAACUACAAACAUAAAAAAAUCCCACUUCCUGGAUGGAUUUUUCUCAGGUUUUUGCCAGACAUUUCAGUUCUGUUAUACUCACAGACAUUAUUUUAGCAGUUUUAGAAACUUUGGAGUGUUUUCUAUCCAAAUCUAUUAAUUAUAUGCGUAUCCUAGCUUCUGGGCCUGAGUAGCAUGCAGUUUACUUUGGGCACGCUUUUCAUCCAGAGGUGAAAAUAGUGCCCCCUACCCUAUUGAUUAAGAACAAUUUCUUAUAUGCAAUGACGGGAUUCGAUCCAGCAGCCUUUUGGUUACUGGCUCUAACCACUAGGCUACCUGCCGCCCUAGUUACCUAUUUGGAUAAUAAUACAUUGAACUUGCCAUGCAGUAUAUUAAAUAACUAACCAAUGUUUAUUGACUUGAUUAUUCACAUCAUUCUUAGCUAAGUGGGAUAGUCAUUGUGCGUUUCAAUGGACAUAGCAAGAAUUGUCAAUCUACUCCAAUUUCAGAGCACUCGCGCACCAUUGAAUAUGGCGGGUGUCAGUAAACGUCUGCAAAAAAGCGUAAUAAAUUGUUGCCAGCAGCACAGUUCCAGUCACCAACGCUCUGGAUAACAUGAAAACAGCAACGGACUGCUCCACCAAUUAGUUAUAACGAGUGACAAAAACAUAGAUAUUGUUGACAUAAUGACCACGAGUGUAAUCAAUGUCUUUUUACGAUGGAUGUAGUUACGAAUUAAACGUAUCAUCUUCAUAGUAAAACCACACAGAUGUGUAUGAAACGGUAAGCAAAAACGUUGAAUUUAUUCAUAUGAGGAAAUGUGCCUUACUGCCUUUUGAAUUUUAUGUAACGUCAGUAGUCUAGUCAAAGAGAGGAUUAUGCAAAAAAUAUAUUGGCUCACUCCACUUGUCAAAAACAUUGACAAAUAAGGCGCGCUGUCACUUGAUUUUAUAGUAAGUCUUGAGGUGGUACUACCCAGCACAUCUAACAAGCAAUGAAACCCAAUUUGAGCUAGCUACUGUAAAACAUUUCAGAUGAGCAGCACUCUUCCCUGAAGCAUUCCCUUGCCACAUGGUCUACAAUCUAGAUUGCUAGCCAGCUACACAAGUCUCGACUGCACAGAUGCUGAGAUCUCUACAAUACCUCACCUGAAAAAAGCUGGUAGAGGUGCACACAGGGAGAUGGCAGGUGCCGCUGCCCCAGCUGAAGGUGCUGCGGACGGCUCUGACCUGCUUCACCAGAGCCACUGUUGCCUACCCCGAUGACUGUCAGCACGUCUGUUAUGCUCUCAGCAGCUUGGCUUUGAGCUUCUUUGAGCUGAUGUUGUUCUUCGGGAAAGAGGAGUUCCUAGAGGCCCCCCUGAGGGACAUAUUAGCCUCUUUUCAGGCCUGCCAUCGCCGCCUGCUGAGACACAGGAAUGUGUACCUGCUGCAGGUGAGGCAGAUCAUCAAAGAUGGCGGUCCCUGGGAGAGACCCGCUCUGCAAGCCAUCCUGAAAGACACAGCCCUCACACAGACAGAAGUGGAGAAGUAUUUGAGCUCAGAGAAGCCAGUGUUCUUUGAGUUGCGUGUGCGGUACCUGCAGGCCUGUGAGCGCGUGCAGGAGGCCAUGGCCCUGGCUAAGUGCUGCCUGGAGCACCCAGAGGUGUGGAGGCACCUGUUCUUCCACCAGGCCUACCUCACCUGCCUGUACAAGGCCUCACUACACCAACACCUGCACGAGGAGAUGGCUGAGAUAGAUGGCAGAGACGCAGUAGAGAUAAUCUGUAACGCAGAGAGCCAGGAGAAAGAUGAGCUGCUGCUGUCUCUGUGCAAAGCCUUCCUCAGCCAACAGCUACACAACGGAGACAUGUACUACAUCUGGGAUCUGGUGUUCUUGUGGAGCAGACUGUACCUCAGGGCCCAUCCCUCUAAGCAGGGAUUUCUGUCUGAGUGUCGCCAGCUGAUGGGCUUCGCCAUCAACGCCAGCGCCAUCUUCCCCUUCAUCAAAGUCAUCACAGCAGAGAUGGGUAGUGAGGGAGUGCCGUUGUGUGUGGAGCUUUGUGCUACAGCGUUACAGACAGACCUCCAGUCUGACCCUGUAACACGCUGUCUGCUGUGUAAGACCAUCGCCUUCCUGCUCCCCAGGGACCUGGAGGUAUGUCGCCUCUGUGCCCUGCUGGUGUUCUGUCUGGAACGUAGCAUGGAAGCCUACAAGACCAUGUAUCUGCUCUACACAUACCCCGAUGAGGAGCCACACCCCCAGCACACCCAUGUCAGAACCAACAUCCGCUUCUAUAUCCUACAGGUGCUGAAGGAAGGUCUGUUCUUUGACCCAGAGUUCUGGAAUCUGCUGACCCUGAGAACCCACUGUCUGGAGCUGAUGACUGACAAGGCCAUGAGGGAUGCUCUCAAUGAGCUGAAGGAGGAAGAGGAGUUGGAGCAGGUGGAGGAGGAGUGGAUACCAAGCUACUGGAUGGAGGAGGAGACAUGCAGAAUACACACAGACACCUCCCACCUCCACCCACACACUAACACAGCACUGGAGAGUUCUGACACUGUAGGUCAUGAACCUGAAGAGGGAUUGAAUGGGGAUGCUCCUGAGUCACAGACAGAGGACUUCCCUGUGAGGAGGAGGAGGAGGAAGAGGAGGUGGAGGAGGAGAAGAAACUGUAGGUCAGAUAUUGAGUAUGCUGACGACCCAGACAUUAAGUACUCCCUCAUUCACAAUCUCAGUUCUGAAAGCUCCACCAAGCUACCGGCCAAUCGGCAGAGAGAAUACCUGGCCAGACAUGUGAAGAACAAGAUCCUGAAGAGACGCAGCAGGAAACCAAGAUGGCUGCUCCUGGAGAUGACCAGACAGACGGAGAACAUGUCCCCAGGGGGAAUGAGGGAGAAGCGACGGGAGAGAAUGAGAGGAGAGUGUAAGAGACAGGGAGAGGAGGGGAAAGAGAGGGGGCAUGAAAAGGAGGAUAAGAGAGAGAUGAGGCAGGGAAGGGAGAGUAAGAGACCUUACCGUCGGACUAUAUCUGGCAUGGAGCUGUCCUUCCCUGAAAAUGAAGUGCCUGUUGACCAGGAAGUGGUAGAGAGUCAUCUAGAACCCAGUGUUCGUAUUAAACAACAGCACAGUGAGUCUGAGAAAUAUGUUAACAUGGGACAGCCUAAUGGUGUAUAUGGUGAGAGACCGUUUAAGUAUAAACCAGAGUCAGACGUAGAGACUUAUGUGGUGGAGCCUUCGGCAGGGGGGCCUUCGGCGGUGGAGCCUUUAGAAGUGGAGCCUUCAGAGGUAGACCCUUCAGACUCCAAACGUUCAGUAGUAGAGCCUUCUGACAUAGAGCCUUUAGAAGUAGAGCCUUUAGAAGUAGAGCCUUUAGACGUGGAGCCUUCAGGUGUGAAGGUUUUAGAAGGUCCCAGUGAGCAGACUGACCCAGAGUUGGAUGGUCCAGCCUUGGAGAUGGAGGAGUGUCCACUGAAACUGUUCCACAUCUACGCCAAACUUUCCAAAAGGACAGCUGCUAAGGAACUACUUUCUAGAGAAAGUGAAUUCACAGUGACAGAGGCGGGAUCAGACUCAAACACUCAGGGUGAAGAGACUGAGCCAGGCAAGGCUCCAGUACGCUCCAAACACCUGCGCUUCCACUGCAGCCACUGCCAGAAACUCUUCAAGGGAGGCAACGUGGUGAGACACACCCUGGCCCACCUGAAGCUGAGAAAGACCAGGCUCAGCUGUGUCUUCUGCGGUAAACACUUCCAAAGGUACAACCGUGCCAAGGAACACGUUCUAGAGCACAUAGAGGAACUGAGAACUUCCACAGCCAACAUUAAGGUCAAACCCGCUGUCAAUGGGGAGACAUAUUCGUCAAAGAAUAUUAAUCAAGCCUCAGAGAACGAAGCGAAACCCGUUGAGAACUUGACCGAGCCCUCGACUCCGACGGACCAGCCUCCUAAACCCAAACGUGUUAAAGCCAAGCCGGUGGUGAGUAAGCAGAGUAGAAUCAUCCAGAACCUGAGAAACCUGAUCAGAAAGACCCAGAAGUGUAAAAUGGACACGGACAACCUGAAGUCUGUGGAAGUGACUGAUGAACAGGUGACUGUGAAAGACAAAGUGGUGAUCGUGAGAGAGGUGGUGCCUGGGAAGGAGAGCGAGGGAGGAGAGGAGGAGGGGAAGCAGAAGCAGUACCACCUGUGUCCUUCAGAGGGCUGUGACAGCAUCUUUAUGAAGAUCGGCCCAUCGCUGCUGAGACACGCUGUCACCUACCACAGGGAGGACGCAGCCGUCCUGGACAAGACCUUCCAGUGGGGGAAGGGGAAGUGCCAGAUCUGCCAGAGGCUCUUGUUGGUGAUUGAGCACUACAGAGACCACAUGAAGCUUCACGAUGCUCCUCUAAAACAUGCGUGUCUCCACACGAACUGUGGCCAACGCUUCAAGACUGCCCAGGAGCUCAAAGACCACAUAGACACCCACCGCCCUCUCCAGGCCCCCUGUGGGUACUCCGGCUGUAGGGAGAUCUUCUUUACCCUCCCCUCUCUCCACGACCACGAGUGGAGGCACUAUACCCAGCCCCAGUCUAAAGACGAGCUGGAGCAGGGCGCUACCACAGAGCUGAGCCCUGAGGGCGAGGCCCCCUGGAAACAGAGGGCGAAGGGCCAAGAUGUGACAGUGCACGGGUGGAGGGGGCAGAGGGAAACGCCUACUCCCAAAAGCAGGCGCUCUAAUCCUCAUGAGAAGUGCCUUCACUGUAACAGGUACCUGUGGAACCACCAGCACUUCCUAGAACACAUGAAGAUCCAUGAUGCUCCUCUGAAACAGGUGUGUCUCCACCUGAACUGUAGCCAGCGCUUCUCCAGAACCCACUUACUCUGGGAGCACAUGGAUACGCACCUGCCUUUCCAGGCCCCCUGUGGGUACUCCGGCUGUGGGCUGAUCUUCUCCCGCCUCCCCUCUCUCCAUGACCACGAGUGGAGGCAUUACGUCCAGGCCCAGCCUAAUGACGAGCUGACAGAGGAGCAGAGCGCUACCAAAGAGGAGGGGCAGACUCCAGAGUCAGACACCAACGGUAACGACUAUGACGGCCUAGUGGAGACUCCAGGCACUGUUCAUGGUGCUGUCACCACACCUCCUAAUCAUUGCACACUGAAACUCAUCAAUGGCCAUGAUGAAAAGGAUAAGAAAGACAAAGCCCCCAAGACAGCCGUCCCUGCCACCACUACCACCUCUCCCACACCCCCAUCCCAAACAACCACAUCCACACACCCCCAUCCCAGAAUCUUCCAAAACAUCACUGAGCCAAUGACUAUGAGGGACGUGGACAAUAUCGUCAGUUUGGCUCAGGUGGUGCCUGGCGGAGAGGAACCAGUAAUCGCGGAACACAAGACCUUCAAACUAGAGGAUCCUUCCUUCCUACCACUGGCCAAAGCUCCCCUCAUCCGCCCGCCCCCCUCUACAUACCUGACCGAGGCAGCCCUCAGCAUGCGCAAGCGCAGGAAGCCCAGCGAGGUCACUUCCUGCGGGCCUGGCAAAAAGAGUAAGGCUGCGGUAAAGAGGAGUGUGGUGGGGAAGAAGGAGAAGGAGGCCCCUCAAAGACAGCGCUGCUCCAAGUGUUUCUCCUCCUUCACUAGCACCGAGGAACUGGAGAAACACCUUUCCCAAAAUACCUGCUCCUCCCUCUUCAGCUUCGACUCCGAUGACGACAGUGAGUAGCGUACGUGGGAGUUUCUGUUCACUGAAUUUGUCAAACGGGGAGCUAGGGCUGUGACCAUUAUUACAUUUGGGGUAACGAUUAAUUCUCAUGCAAAUAUCCACUUAUCAUAAUUGUAAUUUGUUGAAACAUGUUUUGAGCUUGUAAUGUACCAUAAUGCAUCUUUGAAAAUGAGCUACUGUACACCUAAUGAAUAGAGCACAGCUUUAUAUCAAAAGGGAGAGAAUGUUUUGAAACAUGAACUUGGUCAACAAUUUUUCUACCAUAUACAAAAAGCAUAGUUAUGUGACAACUCUGUUUUGUAAAGCAAAUAUACAUUUUGUUCUAUUCCUUCCCAGGUUAGUGGUGAAGGGGAGUGAAAUGCUCUUCAUGUUCGAGCACUACAGAGUCCAUAUGAAGCUCCACAAUGCUCCUAUCAGACAGGUGUCUCCACUUCUGUGUUUUAUCUGUACUCUGAACUGGGCCUAAUACAGGCACUACUUGCAGACAGUCGGCUCUGAGAGCUGUAGGGCCAGACUCUUGUGGCAGACUAAUACUUGCAGCCUGAAGUUUGCCGGGCACUAAAAAUACAACACACACAAUCCUCUGGAAUCAGUGUUACUGCUACACUUCACUGUACAUACAUGUGGACCGAACAGUACUGCCUUUCAGUCAUUACACUUCUUUGUUCAAUUCUUAUUUGCUUUAAAAUCAGUAUGAAGAAUCGCACUGUAGGUAUGGUGCUUCAAAAGUACUUCUAAUUGUAUUUUUAGCCAUAAGUUUUAGUUGGCACAUAAAAUCUAUAUUUUAGUUCAGUAUUUUAACUGAUUUUGUUCUGUCAAAUUAAACUGUUUUACAAUGUAUUAGAAAUUGAUCUAUGCAUUUAUUUUGUAAAGGAGUCCAAAUGCAUUUGAAAAUAAAAAUCACUGUUGAAGAGCCCAUAAUGGGAUGAAUAUAGUGAUGUGCUCUUA